GAGGCACUGGGGUGGGGCUGUGAGAGCCUGCACAGCUCUACUUCUCACUGACUCCCCCUUCCACCUCACGCCUUUGGGAGGGGCUCGGCCACAUUCUUUGAGGAAGGAUCCUGCCAUACUACAAGAAUGUGCUCUUGAAUUAGACUGAAGUUUGUUUACAUACUAAGCCAUCUUGGUUCUCAUCAAAAUGAAAAGGGCAACUGAGUGAAGCAUAGGACACAAACUCAGGCGGAGGGUCAUUACUGAUCAGCAACAGGAGAGGAAUCUCUGUGUUUCUGUGCUCUCAAGUCCAGGCCCAGAGGCAUGUUCGUGAUGUGACGGCAGGACUGCCACAAGUGGUGCUGGAACCGGGACCUGAGUAUCGAGGGAUCCAGUGAAGGACACCACAGAGAAGAACGAGGCCUCAAUGAAAAGUUUUACAGAGUUUUUGGAUCCAUUCCAGAGAGUCAUCCAGCCGGAAGAGAUCUGGCUCUAUAAAAAUCCUUUGGUGCAAUCAGACAACAUACCUACCCGCCUCAUGUUUGCAAUUUCUUUCCUCACACCCUUGGCUGUUAUUUGUGUGGUGAAAAUUAUUCGGCGAACGGACAAGACUGAAAUUAAGGAAGCCUUCUUAGCUGUAUCCUUGGCUCUUGCCUUGAAUGGAGUCUGCACAAACACUAUUAAGUUAAUAGUGGGAAGACCUCGCCCCGAUUUCUUUUACCGCUGCUUUCCAGAUGGAGUGAUGAACUCGGAAAUGCACUGCACAGGUGACCCUGACCUGGUGUCCGAGGGCCGCAAAAGCUUCCCCAGCAUACAUUCCUCCUUUGCCUUUUCAGGACUCGGUUUUACGACAUUCUACUUGGCGGGCAAGCUGCACUGCUUCACGGAGACUGGGCGCGGGAAGAGCUGGCGGCUCUGUGCUGCCAUCUUGCCCCUGUACUGCGCUAUGAUGAUCGCCCUGUCCCGCAUGUGUGACUACAAGCACCAUUGGCAAGAUUCUUUUGUUGGUGGAGUGAUUGGCCUCAUUUUUGCAUACAUCUGCUACAGACAGCACUACCCUCCACUGGCCAACACAGCUUGUCAUAAACCGUACGUCAGCCUUCGAAUGCCAACUUCAAUGAAGAAGGAGGAGAUGCCCACAGCCGACAGCGCACCCACCUUGCCUCUGGAGGGCAUCACCGAAGGCCCCGUAUGAUGAGUAUCCUGGGCACAUGGACCCUGAGCCCCCGGCACACUCUUCCGCCCUGACAUCGUAACUCAAUGGAAAAGGUUUUUCUGUAGUGCGUUUCUCAUCAGUUGUCUCUCAAAGUUUCCCUUCUUCUGCUUCCAUUUUGCCAAUGGCAUUCUUGCCACUCUCAGUGUUCCCUAUCAGCGCUUUUGAGUUUGCAAGGUUAGGACAUCAGGAACAAUCUGGGAGAUGUGUGGGAAGGAGGCUGCAAGGAUGGGGUGGGUGUUGCUCAGCUGAUUUCUCCACCUGAAAUGUUUGCUGUAACAACCAUUUUUCUCUGUUUUCAUGGUUGUAAAACAUAAUAAACCUCAUACAUGGAAGAUGUGGUG